AUGCACACGUGUAUCAGUGAACUGGAAAGGCGUCCGUUCAGCAAAUUGAAGGGCAUAUACAGGGCUAACGGCAACGCCGGACGAGUGGCACAGAUUUGCGCCAGUUUUCAAUGCGGUCCGCAGUUUAUUGAUCUCAGAUAUUGUAGUCAUAACGACAUCACAGAUGUGCUCAAAAUAUAUUUGAAUAAACUGCCGACACCGUUGUUGGCCGCGGAGCUACAGCUGGAGCUGAUCCGCAUCGCCAAAGAGUGGCCCCAACGGAAGGUGCCCUACACUAAGUCCGGCGCCAUUAUCAUCAUAUUUGAGUUGCGAGAAGUGGUCAAUCAGUUGCCGGCCGACCAUUUCAUAGUUGUCUCGUAUCUGAUGCACCACUUGAAGAGAUUAGCGCUGCAUAAGAGGGAAGUGGAGACAACCGAGUCGACUCUGGCCGUUCAGUUCACCACGAUUAUAUUCAAACCCAUCGUUGAGCUGCAAUACAAUGCCAUCCAAAAGAUCAGAGCCAUUGAACUAAUGAUAACUAAUGCGAGUGAAGUGUUUGGACCGCAGCCUAACGUUAGGUUACAAUUGACGGGAAAAUUCAGUUUGAAAUGA